AUGUUCAAUUUUUUAUUUGCCUUGAUUUUGUUGAUUUCCCUGUCACGUGGCAGUUUUUGUGAUGUUUUUCGAAUUGACUUAAGGUAAGUUCAGAUUUUUUUCUCAAUCAAUUCUGAAUUUUUUUUGUAGCACUGGAAAAAUCGAGGGAGAAUCAAGGACAGCUUCAUAUUCCCCGCUGGAAAAUCAGACGGGAAUUGUGUUUUUGGGAAUUCCAUUUGCAAAACCGCCGAUUCGAGAACUGAGAUUUGAGAAGCCUGUGAGACCCGAGAAGUGGAUGGGAGUUUUGGAGACCAAGAAAUAUAGCUCAGCUUGUAUGAGUGAUUUGAAGUGGGUUUUUGUCGAAGAAAAAUUAGAGUUUUUCAUGAAACAGUGGAAUUUUUUGAGAGGAAUUUUUUUACCGAAUCACCUAAAAGUAUUGUUCGAAAAAUUUUGACUUCCAUUUAACUAGGAUUCUUGAAACAGUGAAUUUUCAAAUAACGAAAAAAAUUUGCCGCUAGAAAAAAAUUGAUUUUUUUUUGAAAUUCUUUGAAACAGUAGAUUUUUUAUUUUUUCAAAUAUUUUUUUUGAUAACAAAAAGUGAAGAUUUAAUUUUCAGUAGUAUUUCUCGCUGAAAAAUGAGUUCCGAAAACUUUUUUGAGAAUUAUAACAUUUGAAAAUUUUUUCAUAAUAGAAAUUUUUAAUUCAAUCCAUCCCUCUUUUCCGAUCAGCGAAAUUUAUUUUUGAAAAAAAACAGUUUUCUUUGAAACAAUGGUCUUCGAGAUUUGUUAACACUCGAAAAAUUGUUCUGAAAUUUUCAAUGUUUCCUUGAAACAGUAAAUUUUAAGAAUUGGAAAAAAUAUUUCCGCAAGAACAUAUGAACGCAGUCAAUUUAAUUCUUGAAAAAUUCGAUUUUUUUUGAAACAGUAAAAUUUUUGAAAAUUUUUUUGGAGGAAUAAAUAUACUGAGCAGUUUGAAACAUUUUAAUCAGCUGAUUUUUUUCUUGAAAAAUUUGAGUUUUCUUUGAAACAGUAAAUUUUUCUAAUUUACCUGGUUAUUUUUUUACCGCGGAAAAUUGGAAAUUAUCGUUUAUUUUUUAACACCACGAAAAGUAUUCAAUCAAAAAUUUUAAUAAUUCUUGAAACAGUAGAUUUUUAUUCAUGAAAGUUUGAAUUUCAAUCCAAAAUUUAUUUUCAAAAAAAAAAUUACUUCAACAAGUUUUUUUCUAUUACUAACACCAAUCAGGGUCAAUUUAACUGCGUAUCUUAUACAUUUGAUACUCAGCCAAAGAGAACAAUUUUAUCAAGAGAUGAUACCUAUGACAUUGUAAUUUCCAAAAAAAUUGUUCUGUAGAAUAAUAUUUGAAACAGUUAAUUUUUUCUUCACUAACAAGGAAUAGAUCCCAAUGUGACCUCCUGAAAAAUUCCGGUUGUAUGUUCAAAUAGCAUCUUAUGGGGAGUUAUGAAAAAUCCAAAGGGGAUUUUGUAAGUAAAAAUUUCUUUUAUGAGAAUCCGGAGGUCGAAAUUCUGAAUAAUUUCCAAAAAGACAAAAACGCCUUCUAUUUUUGAAAAUUCGUAACUCAGUUUGAACAUACAACCGGAAUUUUUCAGGAGGUCACAUUGGGAUCUAUUCCUUGUAAAUAUGAAACGAAAAUCAAAAUUUAGUUUUUCGAAUGAAUUUUUUAAAGAACAUUUUGAAACAGUUGAUGUUUUGAGAAUUAGAAAAGGGUUUUUUUGUGAAAUUCAGAAUAUUGUGUGAAUUUUGAGAUGUUUCCAUGUAGAAAAUCAAAAUCCAAUUUUUUCCAGACGAACCUUCAAAUCACCUCCCUACGGCACAGUUUCUGAAGAUUGUCUCUACCUCAAUGUUUUCACCAACAAAUUCUGUCUCAAAACCAAAAAUUGCUCUGUAAUGUUAGUAAUUCAUGGUGGAAAAGUUGAAUUUGAAUCAGCAUCGGCUUUCAACCCAGAUAUUUUAAUCAAUAAUUUCGUGGGGAACAAUCGGAAUAUUAUUGUGGUCACUACAAAUUAUCGAUUGGGUAUUUUUGGAUUUUCAAAUUUCGGCGAGGAAAUCAAGAAUCUUGGGAUGUAUGAUGUUCUAGAAUCUAUAAAUUGGAUACAUCGAGAGAUCAGGAAUUUUGGGGGAGAUCCGAAAAAAUUAACGUUGGCUGGACAUAGUGCUGGUGGAGCAUUGAUAGCAGUUCUGAUAUUAUCCCCAGAAUUACCGCCAAAUUUGGUGGCGAGGCAGAUUUUGAUGAGUUCACCAUUGCAGGAGAAAACAAAGCGGACAAAUUCAAAAUUCAGCAGAGAAAUCGCGCGAAUUCUAAAGUGUUCGGAUAUUUCUUGCUUGAAAAAUAUUGAAGCUUCAAGGCUUUUCGAAGCUCAGCAAGAAGUUGAACAGAAUUCUAGUUAUUUUUUCGAUGGAAUUAUUAUGGAUGGGAAAAUUAUGGAGGAUUAUUUUGAUGUAACACUAUCGAAUGGAAAUUCUGGCAUUUCAAGGUAUUUUUUUUAUUUUAAAAGCAUUGAAAAGCUUAUCAUCAAUCUAACAAUAGUUUUUUUUAUUUGAAUUUUUUGAAACAGUGAAUUUUCGGGAUUUUUAUUAGGGAGUUAUUUUGGAGAUAGUAAAUUUCUGAAACAGUCAAUUUUUAAUUUAAAAAAAUCUGGAAUGUGUGUGAAAACUUGAAUUUAUUUUAAUUGCUCGUUUUUUUAAAUUUUAAUACGUUAACAUUUUCUUGAAACUCAAAUUUUUGACAUGGAUUUUUUGAAACAGUGAAUUUUGAGAACAGCAAAAGGAGUGAUAAAAUUAAUUUUUGAAAAAUCCAGGAACUUCCUGGGAAUCAUAAUUUUUCAUGCCAUAUUUACCUAACUUUACCAACUUUGCUAGAAAAUACAUUUUUAUGUUAAAUUUUUGAAACAGUAAAUUUUCGGGAUUUUUAUUGGAGAAAAUUUGGAAUUUUUUGGGUGAUUUUUAGAACAACAAUGAGUUUGAUAAAACAAAUUUUUGAAAAAUGCAGGAACUUCCUGGGAAUCAUAAUUUUUCAUUCCAUAUUUACGAAACUUGACCAACUUUGCUAGAAAAUAAAUUUUUUAUUUUAAAUUUUUGAAACAGUAGAUUUUUAUUUUUUUUUCUUGAAACUCAAAUUUUUAAUAUGGAUUUUUUGAAACAGUGAAUUUUUUAAGAACAACAAAGAAUGUUUGAAAAAUCUAGGAACUUCCUGCAAAUCGUCAUUGUGCAUCCGUUAUUCCUCUGCAUCAACUUUGCUAAAAAAUAAAAUUUUUUAUGUUCAAUUUUUGAAACAGUAGAUUUUUCAAUUAAAAAAUGUAGAAUAUGACUACAAAAUUGAACCUUGCUAAAAAUAAAAUUUUUUAUGUUAAUUUUUUGAAACAGUAGGUUUUUUAUCAAAAAAUAGGCUGUGUCUGAAAACUUGAAAAUAAGAAUUUCCCGCUCACAGUCAGAGAAAUUGAGAUGAAAAUUUUGAUUUUCCGAAGUUCCCCAGCUAACUUCUAAAUUUUCCAGAAUCCCAACUUUACUUGGAACAACCACCGGGGAACUCAGAAUUUCCCAGUUCUGUCAAAAUUCAAACGGAACUGUAGAUCAAGAAAAAAUCAAAGAAGUUUGCUGGAAAUUUGGAGCAACUUAUCGAUUUGAAAACCCCCAGGAUUUUGCUCAAAAAUGUACAGAAAGAUAUGGCAAUUUUUCAAUGGCUCAAUAUUUCUCAGAUGAUUUGGAUACUUAUGCUCCAACUCGGAAGUUAGCCGAAUUCCAUUCAAAUUCAAAAUCAGACGUGUUUCUGUAUUCUUAUAAAUAUUCUGGAGCUGGUGAAGCAUUCGAUAAAUAUAUGAAGAAUACACCAUCUCCCACACAUUCUGAAGAUUUGAUAUAUGUUUUUGGAACUCAUAGAAAAUCGGAAAAAAUGAAUAUGAAAGAUUAUUUGAUUGAAAAAGUUUAUAGUGGAAUAUUUGCGGAUUUUGUGAAUUUCAAAAAACCUUUGGAAAAUGAAAAAGAGAAUUGGGAAAUAUUCGAGGAAAAUAAUGGUGCACGAUAUUUUGAGAUUGAUUUUGAUGAGAAUGGAAAAUUGAUUGGAAAUGGUAUGAGAAAUGGAUAUUAUCAAGAUGCACAUCAAUUUUGGAAUGAAGAUGUGAAAAAGUGAGCAUUUUUGGGGGAAGAGUUGUAAGUAAAACAAUUGAUCUUGGUAGAAAAUCAAGGAAAAUAUAUCAAAAUUUUUUGAAACAGUGAAUUUUUCAGUUGACCAGAAAUUUUUGAGAAUAUGAAAUCUUAGUAAAAAAAUUCCGGAAAAUCAAUUUUUUGGUUAUUUUUUGUGGUUUUUUUUCAUGCUUGAGUAAUAAUGAAAUCUUGGCUAAAAAUUCAAGAAAAAUAAUAAAUUAACUUUGAAACAGUGAAUUUUUAUUUAUUCAAUUGUAAAGAUUCGCUCGUAAUCCAACAAAAUAUUUAUCAGAAUUCUGAAACAGUGAAUUUUUUUGACUUGAAAUAAUCUUUUUUUCCGUGGCCAUGUUCGAUUUUAUAUCAGAUAAUCAUCUUUGAAAAAAAUUGAUAAAACAAUUUUGAAACAGUGAACAGUGAAAUUGAAUAGGUCAAGAUUUAAAGUUCCAACAAUUUUUGUCUUGUUCAAUGAAAAUUCAUUUUUUUUCUGAUUUAUUAGUUCUAAAAGUCUCUGAGAUAUUCAAAUUAAUCUGGAAAUUUUACCACAAAAUAAAGAUUUAUUGAAUGAUUAUUUUGUAGUUUUCGAUAGUUUUCGAUAGUAGGAACAAAAUGAAAAAUUCAUGAAAAUAAAUAAAAAUAUUUUGAAACAGUGAAAUUUUUUGGAGCAAAAAUUUGAAAUUUUCGAAAAAAAAAUUCAAGUUACUUAUCUCCUUUUUUUCUGGAAAAAUUCUUGAUAAAACAUUUUCGACAGAUUUUUAGAAAAAUAUUCAUUUAAUCAAUUGAUUUUUUCUGUCUUAAAGUUACACAAUAAAAUGAAAAAUCCAUGAAAAUUAAUAUUAAUGUUCUGAAACAGUGAGAUUUUUUUGAGCAAAAAUUUUGAAUUUUCGGAAAAAAAUUCAAGUUAUCUUAUUUUUUCUGGAAAAAUUCUUUAAAAAUAUUUUCGCCAAAUUUUCAGAAAAAUAUUCAUUUAAUUAGAUAUUUUAAUGCGUGUUACAAAUCAAAAUGAAAAAUUCAUGAAAAUUGUUUAAAAAUAUUUUGAAACAGUGAGAUUUUUUUCGAGCAAAAAUUUGAAUUUUUCGAAAAAAAGUUCAAGUUAUCUCCUUUUUUCUGGAAAAAAAUCUUGAAAAAAUAUUAUCGACAGAUUUUUAGAAAAAUAUUCAUUUAAUCAAUUUAAUUUCUUCUAAAAAUGAAAAAUCUAUGAAAAUUGAUAAAAAUUGAUAAAAAUAUUAUGAAACAGUGAGAUUUUUUGAAGCGAAAAUUUGAAAUUUUCGAAGAAAAUUCAAGUUAUCUUCUUUUUUCUGGAAAAAAAUCUUGAAAAAAUUUUUUCGACAGAUUUUCAGAAAAAUAUUCAUUUAAUCAAACUAUUUAUUAUAAAAUCACACAAUAAAAUUAAAAAACCAUGAAAGUUAAUAUAAAUAUUUUGAAACAGUGAGAUUUUUUUGAGGAAAAAUUGAAAUUUUCGAAUAUUUUCAGGAAUGAUUUUUUGAAAUGAAAAAUGAAGAAAAGUUCAAAUUUUGGAAUUUAUUUUCAAAUUAGAUGAAAAUUCCUGGAAGUUUUUUGUUCAGUGAAUUUUUCUGAUUUUUUAUUGUACAAACUAACAUUAUUAAGGUGAAAAUCCCAAAAAAAUUAUUGUGACUUUUUUGAAACAGUGAUUUUUUACAGGGAAAAAUACAGUAAAAUCACUGAAAUUUUCCCAUUUUUUCCAGAAACUUCACUCGAAUCCACCUCGAAUCCUAUCCAAAAUCCCUCGACAGUCAUUUCACCCAAAAUCUCAUGAACAUUCUCAAAUAUCACCAUCAAAAACCAGCUGAAAAUGUCGAAACCAAACCCCGUGAAAUCUGGAAUGAGCUAUACGAAGAAUUGGAUGAAUUUGUGAAAAAGUUGACGGGAAAAACUCGAAGAUUUUUUGUUGCUGACAAUGAAAAAUUUAUGAGUUCGGAAAAUGUGGAGAAAGAAGAAAAUGGAGGAGGUCUCGGAUUUUUUGACAUAUUUUUUUGUGAGUUUUCAAAGCGCCGAGCGCUUUGCGCGAGUGUAGACCGCAAGCUUCCGCGAAGCGACUGAGCCUAAAUCUAGAACCCUUAUCCCCCAGCGCUUUGCCGCACUCUUCCGCAUUCUACCGCGCCCGAGCUUUCCGGAAAAUUCAAAAUCCAAUUUUUUCAGACUUUUAUCUUGGAGUCAUUGGAAUUUCGAUACUUUUCAUCGUUUUUCAUCAAACUUGGCGAUAUUUUUGGAAAAAUGAAAAUGGAGUGAGAAAUCGAGAUGGUUAUACUUUGCUCCAGUGA